CAGCCGUUCCAGUACUUUGGUCUGAUCCUUUCCGUUACACCACCGAUGAUAAAGAACAUUAUCCUGAAGUUAUUUUUAUUUACUUGGGUAGUCUUGAAAGGAACGCAAAACAAAAGUUUUUGUCUCAAAUCCCUGCUGAUAAAAAAUCACUCUUCAAAACUCCAACUUUUGAUUAUGUUAAAUUUUUGAAACAUUUUAAUUACUGGAUGCUUGUCAAUUCAAUUAAAGAAGCAGCAAGAAAAUUGGAAAAUCUUGAAGAAGUUCACAUAAUUUAUGCUUCACCUGAUUCAAGAACUCAACUAUUUUAUUUCAAUGAUAAUCCGGCAUUGGAAGGCAUUCUUCAUGCUCAUGUGUUAAACCUUAUUUAUAAUCGAUCUAAACGUGUGAAUUAUUUAACUAUCGCUGAUCAUUUCGGUUGUGGACACUUCCUUGAACCAAAAGAUUAUAAACAAUUUAGUCAUGUUAGGGACGUUCUCUCUAAAUUCAAAGAUCUUCGUACAUUUAAACUUAAAGUGCUCUAUCGACAUGAUCAACAAGAAGAGAAGUUACCAUCAAUCGCUAAUCAUAUUCAUUCUUUAACCACAAUCGUGAUUCGUCAUUGUAAUUUUAAGAAGAAUAAUCUUAUUCAAGAAAUCGCUCAAUGUAAAGGUUUGGUUGAAUUGAAAAUUUUAUUGUGCAGUGGAUUGACUGUUGAUAAGGCCAAACUUCUAAUCAAUGCUGAUUUUCCGAUGCUCGAAAUUGUUGAAUUAUGGGGUAAUUAUUGCAAAGAAGCUGUUAAUUGGGCUAAAAGUAUUAGUCCUCAAUUUUAUGAUGAUUAG